GGCAGCGCGGCGGCGGCGGGAGCGGCGGCGGGGAGCGGCACCGGGGAGGAGCGGCACCGGGGAGCGGCGGCGGCGGCAUCGGCGGCGGCGGCAGCAGCGGGGAGGAGCGGCGGAGCGCGGCGAGAGCGGGGCACAGCGCGGCGGGGACGGCGAGGAGGAACAAAUAAACAAUCAUACUAAUUAUUAUUAUUAAUAAUAAUAAUAAUAAUAAAAAAGCGAGGAAAGGAGGAGGAGGAGGAGGAGGAAAAAAAAAAAACCAAACCCAACAGCCAGCCCCCCCCCACCACCACCACCACCCCCGAGCCAAAAAGAGGGAGAGAGAGAGAGAGAGAACAGAGAGCAGCGCCCGGGCGGAGCGGCGGAGAGGAAGAAUUAAAGCGAGCGAAGGAGGGAGGAGGAGAGACAGAGCAGAGAGAGAGAGAGGAGGAAAGAGGAGGAAAAAAAAAAAAAAAAAAAAAAAGGAAAGGCAACCAACCAACCCAACCACCACCAGCCCACAAAAACAAAGCGAUCGCAGUUGAUGUUGCUGCUGCAAGCUGGACUUCCAAAAACUACGGCGAGACCGUCCGCUCUCCGCGCCGAGAAAAGUCUCCUCAGCUGUGCGUGUUUUUUUCCGCUGUGUGUGUAAUCUUUAACCUUUUAUUCAUUCUUAUUUUGAUGGCUUUCCUGAAUGGCUGACUGCGAGCUUCCCUGGACCUGGCCCCCAGACACCCGCCUCUCCUCCUUCAACUACUCUGCUGCAGAUCAGCUCUAAGAGAGAGAGAGGGAGAUCUUUGAAGAGAUUUUUUUUUUUUUUUCCUCCUCUCUCUCUCUCUCUCUCCCCCUCUCUCCCCCACCCCCACCACCCCUUUACUUUGCUCUCCUGGAGCCCAGACAAUCGACUCGCAACUCGCCCCCCCGCACACACACCUCCAUCGCCCCGUGCUUCUGCACCUUCGCCGGUACCGGGAGAUCCCCCCCACGCCGACCCUCCUGAAAAAAAAAAAAAAAAAAGGCAAAACAACAAAAGAGAGAGGGGGAAAGAGAGAGAGAGAGAGAGGGGAGGAAAAAAAAAAAAGACUGACUGCUGUUGCAAAGCUGAUCUGAAAAGCAAAGCAAACAAACUUUGAAAAUAAAGGGGGAACAGGAAGUUUGGCAACGGUGUCCAAUAGAUAUGGCAAUGGUAGUCGGUGCGUGGCGAGACCCCCAGGACGAUGUGCCCGGAGCUCAGGGAACGCAGCCUUCGCAAGCCCCGCCGGUGCAGGGACCUCCGGCCGGGGCCCCGCACACCCCUCAGACCCCGGGGCCCGGGGGCCCUCCCAGCACGCCAGCCCAGACCAACCCGCCAAGCCAGCAGAACCAAGGAGACAAACAGCAGCAGCAGCAGCACAUUGAAUGUGUGGUUUGUGGGGACAAGUCUAGUGGCAAACAUUAUGGCCAGUUUACCUGCGAGGGUUGCAAGAGUUUCUUCAAGCGGAGUGUAAGGAGGAAUCUCAGCUACACUUGUCGUGCCAACAGGAACUGUCCCAUUGACCAGCACCACCGCAAUCAGUGUCAGUACUGCCGCCUCAAAAAAUGCCUCAAAGUUGGCAUGAGACGGGAAGCGGUCCAGAGGGGCAGAAUGCCACCCACACAGCCAACUCAUGGUCAGUUCGCCUUGACAAACGGGGACCCUCUCAACUGCCAUUCCUACCUAUCCGGAUAUAUCUCCCUUCUUCUGAGAGCAGAGCCCUACCCCACCUCCCGCUUUGGCAGUCAGUGCAUGCAACCCAACAACAUCAUGGGCAUCGAGAACAUUUGUGAACUGGCAGCUAGGAUGCUCUUCAGCGCGGUGGAGUGGGCCAGGAAUAUCCCCUUCUUCCCAGACCUCCAGAUCACAGACCAGGUGGCCCUCCUGAGGCUGACCUGGAGCGAGUUGUUUGUCCUCAACGCUGCCCAGUGCUCCAUGCCCCUCCACGUAGCUCCGCUCCUGGCAGCUGCUGGCCUCCACGCUUCGCCAAUGUCUGCUGACCGAGUGGUCGCCUUUAUGGACCACAUACGAAUCUUCCAAGAGCAAGUAGAAAAACUGAAAGCAUUGCAUGUCGACUCUGCAGAAUAUAGCUGUUUAAAGGCCAUAGUCCUCUUCACCUCAGAUGCCUGUGGUCUCUCUGAUGUAGCCCAUGUUGAAAGUUUACAGGAGAAGUCACAGUGUGCUUUGGAAGAGUAUGUUAGGAGCCAGUAUCCCAACCAGCCAACACGAUUCGGGAAGCUAUUACUACGUCUCCCCUCCCUUCGCACUGUCUCCUCUUCUGUCAUAGAGCAAUUGUUUUUCGUCCGUUUGGUAGGUAAAACCCCCAUAGAAACCCUAAUCAGGGAUAUGUUACUGUCUGGCAGCAGUUUUAACUGGCCUUAUAUGUCCAUUCAAUAAAAUAUCCGAGAGAGAAAAAAAAGAAAAUUAAAAAAAAAAAAAUUAAAAUUGAGAAGGGAGAUGAAAGAGAGCGAAAGGAAAGCAAAUGACAUUUGGGUUCUGGUUGUUUCUUAAAUUUCCUUCUGCUAAGAAAGGAUGUAAAAGGAUGUUACAAGUUUGCUAAGAGAAGACAGGAAAAAAAUUAAUGGACUGUGAAUUAAAAAAAAAAAAAAAGAGACUGUCAAAUGAACUUUUACAGAAUGCAUUAAAAACUCCCGUGUCGUUCAGAAAAAAAAAACACAAACUUGCUACUUAUCAUUUUUUGUAAAAAAUAAAAAAGAGAGAAAGAAAAAAGAAAGAAAGAAAAAAGAGAAAGAAGAAGAAAAGAACCGAUGGUGGGCUUUUUCUUUUUUUCUUUUUUCUUCUUUUUUUUCUUUUUUUUGGGGUAAACUUUUUAAAAAAUCUCGCUUAAAGUGCAUUUAAAGGAAAUUUGGAGAAAAUUAGCAGAACGGAAGAAAGUAAGUCUUUUUUUUCCAAAUUAUUAAUUGUCCUAUGUGUCUAUGUACCUAUAGCUGUUCUUUUUUGUAUUUUUCUGGUUUCAAACCAGUUUAUUCUGUGGUUCUAUAAUAAUUUUUGAUAUAACCUUGGCUUCUUUAAAAAAAAAAAUAAAAAACUGUGUAUCCUUAAAAUAUAUGUUCUGAAAGAAUUAAAACUGAGUCCACGAAAGUAUCAUAGGAAGAAAGGAAAACAGAAAAAAAAAAACAAACCCUCAACAACACAAUGAUGGAAGCGCACUUAAGGUGGUGACCCAAAAUCUAGCUUGAAGCUGAGAGAGCUAUAAUUAUAUAGACCCGAAUGAACCACACGUGUCACAUAACUACCCCCCAAUCUAGGUUUUUUGAUAUUUCGGACAGAAAAUGAACUGUGGGGAUUUAUUCUAGGUAGAAGGAAUUUGUGUCCAAGACACACUACGGUUUUGAUUUUAAAAAGCAAACAAACAAGCAAAGUGAACUUUUGUAAUUUGAAUUGGGUUCCACAUAGUUCAUCAUGAAUUGUUAUUAAACUCCUCUAUCUGUUUGUAUAUUUGCAAGCCCUUUGUAUUAUAAUAAUUGUUGAUAUUUUCCCUUUUUAAAAAAUACCAUUGAAAUCAGCAUGACAAAAUAACACUGUUGGCACUUAUAGAUAACGUGAUUGAUUCAGUAUCUUAGAGUUUACAGUUUUGUGUUUAAAAAAACUGAAGGUUUUUUUUUUUAAGUGCAACAUUUCUGUAUACUGUAAAAGUUAUAAUAACUGAACUGUUUGGUCGAGUCUUUGUGUGUUAUAUUCCAAGGAAAAUUGAAAGUAUUCAGAAAUUAAAAUAUUAUUUGAUAUCUGAAA